GAAUCAUCGACGUUUGUAUCGUAUCCCUCUCUCACUAGCUUUUAGAGACCCAUUUCGACUCUCUCUUUCUCUCUAGCUUCUUAUAUCUCCAUGGCUGAACAUGAUGAUGACGUUUUGCUUCCUCGUUUCUUCAAGCUGUACGUCUCUCAUACAGCCUCUGAAUCAUUUGCGAUUCCUUUGUCUUUCAUGGAACAUCUUGCUGAUCCAUUGCCAAACACAGCAAAGCUCCAAGGCACUGGAGGAAGAGAUUGGACAGUGAGCAUGAAGAAAAUACGUGACGGUGUGUAUUUUACAGCUGGAUGGUCAAAGUUUGCACAGGACCAUGAACUUGUGGACGGAGAGUACUUGACAUUCGUGUAUGAUGGUAACCGAACCUUUGAAGUUAGUGUGUUCGGUCGUUUGGGUUGUAGAGAGACCAGAGCUGAAGCGGAGACACUAGAGCUUUCUGGUUCUAGUUCUGAUUCUGAAGAAGACGAAGAAGAACCUUCAACGGAUGUUGAAUAUGACAUUAGCUUAGGUGAAGAUGAAGAAAUCAGCCAGAGUCUUUCUCCGCUUGAGGAGGAAGAGACUGAAUCUGAUGCUGCUGCAGUUUUUGAAGGGAACGUAGACAUGAAAGCGCUAACUAAUCCACAUUUUCCAACUACCCUCAAGGACAGGAAUACUGAACUGAUUAUUCCAGCCAGUGUUGUGAGAGAAAAUGAGCUUAUAUUUGGUGAUUCCGUAAAGUACAUUGAUGGUGAAGGGACCUUGGUAGGGCUUAGAUGCAAAUGGGCAGUUGAUACGGUUCGUUUCAAAGGAUGGAACAGGAUUUGCAGAAGGAACAAACUUGAGAAACACCAAGAUACUGUUGAAUGCGAGCUUCUUCAUGACCGAGAGAAAAUGGUUCAUUCCAUCAGAGUCCACGUCAUCCGCGGAACUGCUUGAUCCUCUCAUCACCAUAACCAUCAUCAUCACUAUCACCAUCAUAAUUAUCAUUAGUACUGUGACAUGAGUUGCUAUGACUUUUGUGUUCUUAUGUUUCUUC